CCAUUGGACGUCGGAGCUCGGUCGGUUCGGGGUGGAGCUGCUGGAGCCGAGAGGGAGAAAAAAAUGUGAGGCGUAAAAACAAAGUUCGACUCCAGACUUUUAGUUUGUAAAAGUUCUGAUCAGCAGCAGCAGCAGCUCUGCUCCACGGCUGACGGAACCAAACAGAACCCAGACACAGAGAGGAACCGAACCUGCGCUCGAGCUGACAGUCCCCGCGCCGGAGAGACGGUUUGGAGAGGUUUGGAGAGGUUUUACGCACGGCGCAGGAUGCAGGCGCGCUACUCCGUGUCCAGUCCCACCUCUCUGGGGGUCGUGCCCUACAUCAGCAGCGAGCAGAGCUACUACCGGACCGGCGCCGGUUACACCGGGAUGCCCGCGCCCAUGAGCGUGUACUCGCACGCCGCGCACGAGCAGUACCCGGCCGGCAUGGCGCGCGCCUACGGGCCGUACGCGCCGCAGCACCCGGCCAAGGACCUGGUGAAGCCCCCCUACAGCUACAUCGCGCUCAUCACCAUGGCGAUCCAGAACUCCCCCGAGAAGAAGAUCACCCUGAACGGGAUCUACCAGUUCAUCAUGGACCGGUUCCCGUUCUACCGGGACAACAAGCAGGGCUGGCAGAACAGCAUCAGACACAACCUGUCCCUCAACGAGUGCUUCGUCAAAGUCCCGCGAGACGACAAGAAGCCCGGGAAGGGCAGCUUCUGGACCCUGGACCCGGACUCCUACAACAUGUUCGAGAACGGCAGCUUCCUGCGGCGCCGCCGGAGGUUCAAGAAGAAGGACGCGCAGCGGGACAAGGACGACCGGGACCGGCGGGACAAGGAGCCCGGCGCGCGCGGCGCGGCCCGGGACCAGGACCAGGACCCGCCGGGGCCGGGUCCGCAGCCCGUGCGGAUCCAGGACAUCAAGACCGAGAACGGCACGUGCACGCCCCCGCGGGCCGCGACCCCGAACCUGAAGACCGAGAGUCCGGACAGCAGCGGGGCGUCCAGCCGGUCCAUGAGCCUGGACGGAACCGAUCCGCACCAGAACCCGGCCUUCAGCGUGGACACCAUCAUGACGUCCCUGCGGGGGUCUCCCCAGGCAGAGCUGUCCCCCCCUCGGACAGGGAUCCCCCCCUCACUGUCGCUCAACUACUCCCCGAACCAGAACCAGAACCAGAACCCGGCCUACAGCUCCCCGACCUGCAACCAGAACCUCCUGAGCAGCUCCAACACGUACCAGUGCAACAUGCAGGCCAUGAGUCUGUACACGGGGGAGCGGGGCUCGGGGGGGCACCUGGCCCCCUCCUCCACCCCGGUGGACGAGGCCCUGCCGGACUACUGCGUCAGCACGACCACCGCGUCCCCGCUGGGCCAGGAGGCCCACCAGCACGCGCACCAGGGCCGGCUCGCGUCCUGGUACGGGGACCUGGGCCACCUGGGCCCGGGCUACCCGGGCCAGCAGCAGAACUUCCACUCGGUCCGGGACAUGUUCGGGUCCGCGGGCAGCGGGACCAGCAGCUGUCAGAUGGCCUUCCCGUCCGGACAGUCCCUGUACCGAACCUCUGGAGCCUUUGUUUAUGACUGCAGCAAGUUCUGAGUCCGGCCCGGACCGGACCGGACCGGACCGGACCCACAUGGACUCUGAUCUCUUCUCUUUAUUUUUCUGGACUUGCUUCUUGUGGAAAAGGACAGAAGUUGUUUAAACUCAACAAACACGUAAGUUGGAUUUUUCCCGCGCUUCGAGUCUUUGAUGUGUUAAUCUGAGAUUAUUUAAUUUAUUUCAGCAACAGGAAGUGAUUGUUCAGGUCCAAACACUCCGAACUGCUUGUUUUUGUACAGAAAACAUUUUGUAGCCAAACUGACUCUUAUUUUUGUUGUUUUCUUUGUUUGUUUGUUUACAUCUUUACUCUGAACCAUUAAAGUUUGUUUUGUUUAAUAAAAUCCAGAUUAAUGAUUUAAGUGA